GCCGAACCGUGGCAACCGCUACGUGAGAUCGCGUUCAAAACGUGCCGCCAUGGCGCGAGCUUGUCUCGCGCUGAGCCUCGCAUGGCUUGCCGCAGGCCAAGGUGACUGGGGGUGCGCCCCACGACCAAACGCUUGCGAUGGCCACAGAGAAAGAUUGAACCACAAGGCCUCCGUGAGAAUGGCCCAAAGUUUGGCUGCACCCUUCAUGGUGGACUGGAAUGGCGACGGGCUGCUGGACUUGCUGGUGGGCGAGCAUGAUGGCACUGUGCGAUAUUACGAGAAGUCCAAGACGGACGGCUUGCUGUACCCGAAGCUGGGUAAGGAGAAUUCAUUCAGUGUCAUCAAGCCGAUCGCCUACAACGAGACGAAAGGUCACGGCGCGGCGGCGCCGCUGUUGGUGGAUUGGGAUGGAGAUGGGCACUUGGAGCUUCUGGUGGCAGCGGGAGGCAGGAUUCGGUACUUCAAGAUCAAAGAGGGCGAGUUCGAGGAACAGCUCGGCAAGAAGAGCCCCUUCAAAGACAUCCACAUAGGCUAUGUCGCGCCGCGCUUCAGUGCGGCUGACUGGGACGCAGAUGGCGACGUGGACCUCAUCGUGCCCCGGGGAAGGAGCCUGGCUUACUACGAGCAGGUGAAUGGCACACUGGUGGAGCGAACUGGGGACUUGAACCCCUUCGAUCACGUGAAGGGGGAGUUCAUAGACAACGCCCGGGGCUGGGACGGCACCUACGGCGCUCCCUGGGCCGUGGACUGGGAUGGCGACGGUGACAUGGAUCUGAUCUUCGGUCAAGUGGACGGCACUGUCCUCUACUUCGAGCGCCUUAACAACGCGCACCUGGCACAGAGAAUGGGCACUGCGAACCCCUUUUCCAGGAUUCAGCAGGGCCACUUCGCUGCAGUGCAGGCCAUUGACUACAAUGGCGAUGGGCUUAUAGACGUGCUUACAGGCAACCAGGACGGCGAGGUGGCUCUCUUUGCCCGCGAAAGGGACGUGCACUUGCAAGAGAGGAAGGGCAUUGCCAACCCAUUUCAAGACAUAGGGGCGCUGCCCAGCGCAGUGCCCUCCGCGCUGCUGGUGGACGAGGAGAUGUCGGUGUACUUCAUGUUCCAAGAGACGAACAGGGGGCACGUGAUGCUUUUCAAGCGCCUGGAGGACGGCCGUUUCCAGAACCUCACCAGCGAUCGCCCUCCCUCGGUGGCCAUGGACGCAGUGUGGCUUCAAGCAGGCCAGGCACAGUACCUCGACUGGAACGGCGACGGCCUGGAAGACAUGCUGGUGAUUUAUCACAACGGCACAAUAAUCUACCAGGAGAACCGCGACGGCGCGCUGGUGGAGCUCCAGGGCCCGGAGAACCCCUUCGACGGCCUCAGCUUCGGCUCCGCCUUCUCGGACACCAACGUCUCAGGCUUCUUGCCGCUGGACAUGAACGCCGAUGGCCGGAAGGAAUUGUUGGUGGCCGAGUGGGGCCUCAAACCCUUGAGGUUCUUCGAGACCGGCUGGUGCGAGAUUUCGGACCCCUGCAAUGCCAGAGGGGUGUGUCUGAAAGUCACCGGCCAGUGCUCCUGCAUGCUGGGCUACAGUGGCUCAGAUUGCACCCACUGCAGCGGAGGCUUCUUCACGGAGCGCAGCGCCAAGCCCAGCGAGUUCCCCGGCUUCGCCUGCCGCGCCUGUCCCGGAAAGCUCUCGGGCAAUGGGACUUGCAGCAGUCGCGGCACCUGCCAGGAUGAUGAUGCAGCCCACAAGCUGGCAAAGGAGACGGAGGGCCUCUCUCAGCUGCAACUGGCGUUCCUGCGCGGCAACGGCUCCUGCAGCUGCUCCGAGAAUUUCGCCGGCGAGAACUGCGCACAAGGCGAGUGUCCCGCCGGCAUGGUGUACGAGGACGCGGCCAUCAUUGCCCACUGUGAGAAAUGCAGCCCGGGCUUCUUCAAGUCAGAGCCGGGGAAUCUGCUGCCUUGCCGCAUGUGCCAGUCGAACCACUACGCGCCCUCAUAUGGCGCUGCAAAAUGCACGGAGUGCAUUGGCUCGCUUUUUAUCUUUUCGGUGAACAAGGAUCACACCACCUGCACCAUGGACGUGUCAGCUAGCUUGCCAGUGCUGGUGGGCAUCCUCUGCUGGACCCUGGUCUUCUACUUCGCGCCGAUGGUUUUCGGUCUGCCCGUCAUUGUCUCGGACAUCUCCCUGGGGCCUCAUCUGCCCAGCGAGCAACGCAAGGAAGAGGGCCGGUCCUCGAGCUUCUUGAGGAGUUGGUUUAAUACUCCCCCCGUGGAUGAGAGCGAGAACUUGCAGUGCGUCAAGGUGAAGUCUCAUGGCACUCACAACCUUCUCAGGGGCCAGCGUGCCACCAUCUUCUUUCGCGGCACCGGGGAUCCCAGGCUGGACACCAAGCGCUUCGACUACAAGGUCGAGGGUGUCACGCACCACGAGCUGCUGUUGCUUCACCUGGACGGCACUCCUGUGACCAGCAACCACGACUCUUCCACAGGCACGCUUCAGGUCAAGCACCAGCACGCGAUGCUACGCAUGGGGAUGCUGGGCUUGCCCUUCAUCAUUUGGACCUUGUUGCCGAUUGCUGGCUACGCAGGUUUGGUGGCGUAUUUGAACAGCAGCGACAAGAAGUUCAUGCCUAGCACUAGCAGCCUUCACGUGGCCAUCGGCUGCCUCAUCUCCAUCCUGCUGCACAGCUUCCGGUACCGCAACCUCGCGCGCACGCGGCUCAAGAAGGACAUCCUGCACUUCAUCAAGCGGCUGAAGGGCAAGAAUCCCAACCCAACCCGCUGCAGCAGAGGGCCUACGCGGGCCAUCACGGCAGGACAGCUGAAGGAGUUUGAUCACUUCUUCCACGGGUACCACGGCUCCAACAGAACUAUGUACUACGUGUGCCACAACAUCAUCCUGCAGCUCACUCAUCCCUUCAAGCUCUCCUACGCGGAGCUCGCUGGGCCUACCACAGUGAGCUGGUUCGUCUCCCACUACUGGGGGACUUCCUUCCGCCACUUUGUGGAUACAGUCAGCAAGCACAGCGAGGAGGUCCCCCCAGCCGGGCGGAGGCCCUCGCAGCAGUCCUACUGGAUCUGCAGUUUCAGCAACAACCAGUGGGCAGUUGAAGAGGAAGUCGGCAAGAAUUGGGACGAGUCCUCCUUCUACCUGGCCAUGCGGAGCCAUGCUUGCAAGGGAACCGUCAUGGUCUUCGACGAGGACGCGCUGCCCCUGAACCGCUCCUGGUGCCUUUUUGAGCUUCUGCAGACGCACCACUUCAAACAGACGCGGGACAGCUUCGAAGGGCUACUGCUUUGCUCAGCGAACGGGGUGAUGAACCGGGGCAACGGCUCCUUCGACCUGGCCAUCAAGGUGAGCCACAAGUUGGCGAAUCUGGACCUCCGGGAGGCCAAAGCCAGCAAGGAGUCCGACAAGCUGAUGAUCGAGGAGCUUGUGCGGCGACAGGCGGGCUUCAAGAACGUCCGGAGCUUCCUGACCAGCGCGGUGGAGGAGGUCCUCUAUGCUACCCGAGAGAAGUUCCAGGACAAGAUGACGGAGCUGCGGACAUCUUUGGAGCUGACGCAGAGCGAUUCACCCACGAACAUGCUGCGUUACCAGGUGCCGGACAGGGAGUGUCAGGAGACCGUGGAGCUCUCCCCCGAAGUGCGACCAGCCUUGCUGGGCUCCCUGCGGAAGGCCUACACCACAAGCCUCAAGAGCUUGGAGUGGGUUUUGAAGAGAUCUGGAAGUGCAAACUCCUCCGACCCAAGAACUCCUGUCCAAGAUGACUUGGAGGCGGCCAUCAAAGAGGAAGAGGAAGAUGAGGAUGAUGCUUGCGACGAGGAAGGCAUCACGGGUGUCCUACCAAAGACCGCGCCAAAAAAGGAGAAGGAGGACGGCAUCACUGGUGUCCUACCCCAGACCGCGCCGCACAAGGAGACAGAGGUUGCCAUCACUGGUGUCCUACCAAAGAUCGCGCCGAAAAAGGAGAAGGAGGCUGAAGAGGACGCGGUGCCGAAGCUUACGUUGAAGGAUUUGUAGAGGCUGUGAUCGCCUAAUUCAACUGCACGCGUGGUUUUCAGACACAGACGAUGGCGCAGAUCAUCGAGUGAAGAUGUUUUCGGAAAGGAUCUCAGCGCAAAUAUGUGCAGAUCCCAUGUUUGGCAAUCGAGUCUGAGGUAGCCGGACACCUGCAAGUUUCUCACGUGCUUCCAAGACCAGCGUUCGAACAGGCGGCAUCAAG